UGUUUUUUAAUACUUUUUUUCGCCCCCUUGUUCCCCCUCGGCCACUUUCUCGCAUGAAUCUCCUCGACCCUUUCAUGAAAAUGACAGAAGAACAGGACAAAUGUAUCUCCGACGCCCCCAGCCCCACCAUGUCGGAUGACUCCGCCGGGUCCCCCUGCCCCUCUGGAUCCGGCUCGGACACGGAGAACACCAGACCCCAAGAGAACACCUUCCCCAAGGGGGACCCGGACCUGAAGAAGGAGAACGACGAGGACAAAUUCCCGGUGUGCAUCCGGGAGGCGGUGAGCCAGGUGCUGAAGGGCUACGACUGGACCCUGGUGCCGAUGCCGGUGCGGGUGAACGGCUCCAGCAAGAACAAACCGCACGUCAAGAGACCCAUGAACGCCUUCAUGGUGUGGGCACAGGCGGCCCGCAGGAAGCUGGCGGAUCAGUACCCGCACCUGCACAACGCCGAGCUCAGCAAGACCCUGGGCAAGCUCUGGAGGCUGCUGAACGAGAGCGAGAAGCGCCCGUUCGUGGAGGAGGCCGAGCGGCUGCGGGUGCAGCACAAGAAGGACCACCCCGACUACAAAUACCAGCCCCGGCGGAGGAAGUCGGUGAAGAACGGGCAGGCGGAGCAGGAGGAGGGCGCGGAGCAGACCCACAUCUCCCCCAACGCCAUCUUCAAGGCGCUGCAGGCAGACUCGCCCCAGUCCUCCUCCAGCAUCAGCGAGGUGCACUCGCCCGGGGAGCACUCGGGCCAGUCCCAGGGGCCCCCCACGCCCCCCACCACCCCCAAGACGGACCCGCAGCCAAGCAAGCAGGACCUGAAGCGCGAGGGCCGCUCGCUGGGCGAGGGCGGCCGGCAGCCGCCGCACAUCGACUUCCGCGACGUGGACAUCGGCGAGCUGAGCAGCGACGUGAUCUCCAACAUCGAGACCUUCGACGUCAACGAGUUCGACCAGUACCUGCCGCCCAACGGGCACCCCGGGCAGCCCGGCCAGGUCACCUACACGGGCAGCUACGGCAUCAGCGGCGCCGCGGGCACGCCGCCGGCCGCCGGCCACGUGUGGAUGUCGAAGCAGCAGGCGCUGAGCGCGGAGCAAGGCCCGCAGCAGCAGCAGCAGCAGCAGCAAAGGACGCACAUCAAGACGGAGCAGCUGAGCCCCAGCCACUACAGCGAGCAGCAGCAGCACUCCCCGCAGCAGCAGCAGCAGCAGCAGCAGCAGCAGCAGCAGCAGCAGCAGCAGCUGGGCUACGGCUCCUUCAACCUGCAGCACUACAGCUCGUCCUACCCCAGCAUCAGCCGCGCUCAGUACGAGUACGGCGAGCACCAGGGCUCCUCGGGCUCCUACUACAGCCACGCCGGGCAGGGCAGCGGGCUCUACUCCACCUUCAGCUACAUGAGCCCCACGCAGCGCCCCAUGUACACCCCCAUCGCAGACACGGCGGGGGUGCCCUCCAUCCCCCAGACCCACAGCCCGCAGCACUGGGAGCAGCCCGUCUACACGCAGCUCACCCGGCCCUGAGAGAGCUGGCGGGGGAGAAAAAGGCCGGCAAAAAAAAUUUUAAAAAAAAAAAAAGAGAGAGGAAAAAAAAAAGUUUUCAAAAAAAAAAUAAAUAAUAAUAAUAAAAAAAUCAACGCAGCAACCCGGCAAAAAUGAAAAUUUUCGGAUGGGAAGAGAGCGGAAGCAGCGAGAACGAGUGGCCUCGGACUGGUUCGGUGUUUGAAAUUGAAAUUGUGUAGUUGAAAUAAUGAUUAAAAACAGACUCACGUGGAAGCUGGCAGGGAGGAGAGAGCGCCUCGAGCCUUCUGCACUACAGCAUCCUCCAGCACCCGCUCCCAGCCCCAAAAUUUGGGACAGACUUGCCAAGGACUGGACUUGAACUCUGCUUCAGAGAUUUCCACCCAACCCGCCCAGCUGGCUCCUUCUCUGGACUUUUGUAAUGAUUUUUUUUGUUGUUGUUUUUAUAGCAGUAAUUAAAAGAAAGACAAAAAAAAAUUAAAAAAAAAAAAAAAAAAAGAAGAAAAAAAUGGGGGGUAAAAGAGAAAGCUCGGAGUCCUCUGUGAGGAAUAUUCUCUAUUUUAAAUAUUUUUAGUAUGUACUGUGUAUGAUUCGUUACCAAUUUGAGGGGAUUUAUACCUAUUUUUUAGAGAUUUUUUUUUUUGAAAUGCUCUUAUUUUUCCAACAGCUAAAAAAAAAAAAAAUGACACUUAGUGGAGCAGCCCUAGGUUUUCUUGCAGAGGUAUUUUUGUAUAGAGAAGUGUCUUUUUUUGCUCUAAAAAUGAAACUAAACCAGCGUGCUCUGCCCUGGGAACCCAGCACUGGGGCAGGGACCAGCAUGGGAGAGGCUUUAUUUUUCUAACUCGUAGCAAAACCAGCCAGGAGGAGAACUUCACUUUAUUUUUAAAUAACCUCGAGCCUUAAAAGAAAAA